AUGUCGGGCUCCUCCUCCGCCGACCCCUCGCCGUCGGCGUCCACCGCCGGGGCCUCGCCGCUGGCGCUGAUGCGCGCGCACCUCACGCCGCCCUCGCCGGCGACGGGGCCGGCGCCGCCGCCGCCGUCCCCGGCGUCCGCGCCGCGGGACUACCGCAAGGGGAACUGGACGCUCCACGAGACGCUCAUCCUCAUCACCGCCAAGCGCCUCGACGACGACCGCCGCGCUGGCGGCGGAGGGGGAGCCGCGGCCGGGUCGCCGCCGACGCCACGGUCGGCGGAGCAGAGGUGGAAGUGGGUGGAGAACUACUGCUGGAAGAACGGCUGCCUCCGCAGCCAGAACCAGUGCAACGACAAGUGGGACAACCUCCUCCGCGACUACAAGAAAGUCCGCGACUACGAGUCCCGCGUCGCCGCCACGACCACCACCACCAGCGCCGGCGCCGGCGGGCCGGCCGCCCCGAACGCCGCCCUGCCGUCCUACUGGACCAUGGAGCGGUACGAGCGCAAGGACAGGAACCUCCCCACCAACCUCGCGCCGGAGGUGUACGACGCGCUCUCCGAGGUCCUCUCCCGCCGCGCCGCGCGACGGGGCGGCGCCACGAUCGCGCCCACCCCGCCACCCCCACUCGCGCUGCCGCCGCCACCACCCUCGCCGCCGAAGCCUCUCGUCGCGCAGCAGCAGCAGCAGCAGCAGCACCAUCACCACCACCACCACCACCCCCCUCCUCCGCCGCCGCCGCCUCUGCCGCUUCCUGCGGCGGUCGUCGCACCGCCGCCGGCGUCCGUUUCCGCCGAGGAGGAGAUGUCGGGGUCGUCGGAGUCCGGGGAGGAGGAGGAGGAGGAGGAGGGGUCCGGCGGCGAGCCGGAGGCGAAGCGGCGGCGGCUGAGCCGGCUGGGGUCCAGCGUGGUGCGGAGCGCGACGGUGGUGGCGCGGACGCUGGUGGCAUGCGAGGAGAAGCGGGAGCGGCGGCACCGGGAGCUGCUGCAGCUGGAGGAGCGGCGGCUGCGGCUGGAGGAGGAGCGCACGGAGGUCCGCCGCCAGGGCUUCGCCGGCCUCAUCACCGCCGUCAACAGCCUCUCCAACGCCAUCCACGCCCUCGUCUCCGACCACCGCAGCGGCGACUCCUCCCGAUGAUCCUCCAUGAUCAAAAACGCAAAAUGCAAAGGAUCGGUGUAAAUAACCGUGCAAUGGAGAUCGAUCGAUCCAUCGAGGCAUAUGCCAUCGGAAAUUGUUUGGACUGCUGCUAGUAGUAGGGAUUUUUUUGGGUGUGCAUCGGUACGGUGCAUUGCAUGCACGCCUAGCUAGCUCGAUCCGUUCCUUUCUUCAAUUUCUUUCUCAGUUCUCUGAUCCCUUUUAGUAGAUCAUUUCUUGUGAUUUGUUUUUUUCGUUUAUUGAUCUUGUCGUGCAAUUAGUAGAGAGACUGGCAGG